AUGUCCUCGAUCGUUGAAAAGAUCUUGACUGGCGUGGUUGCUUUCGCUGCUGCGUUGUGUCAGGAGGAAACCAAUGGCUUGUCAAAGUAUGGUACACUUGAAGCUCCAAAGCUUCCAAAGUUCUUGGAUAGAGGCUGCGGACCCCCGUGGGAUGGCAUGACGACUACAAAUGCAAACCCGUAUACAGAGAUCAGUGGUCCUGAAGAAGGCACGCAAGUCCACAUGCACGGCAUCAGGCAGAAUGGCACUCCUCAUAUGGAUGGUACUCCAUCUGUAUCAAGCUGUCCGAUCGCACCCAACGACACCUUCACCUAUAAAUUCAGAGCCGACGUUUACGGGACAGGAUGGUAUCAUUCCCACUAUUCUGGUCAGUCGGCAGGUGGUCUCGUCGGUCCCAUCGUUGUCUACGGCCCAAGCUCGGCCGACUACGACAUCGACCUCGGGCCUGUUAUGUUGAGUGAAUGGUAUCACGAGGACUACUUGACACUCAUUGAAGGCGUCGUCGGCACGGACCCCAGUCGUUGGCACCCACUUGCAGAUAACAACAUGAUCAACGGCAAGAUGGACUACGAUUGCACUUUGGUCACUGAUAACACCACUUGCGUUUCAAAUGCUGGCCUCUCCAAGUUCAAAUUCACUAAAGGAAAAACGCACCGUCUGCGGCUCAUCAACAGCGGAUCUGCAUCUGUCCAACACUUCAGCAUCGAUGACCAUGAGAUGACCGUCAUCGCCAAUGACUUCGUAGCCAUUGAACCUUACCAGACCAACGUGGUAACCCUCGCGGCCGCUCAAAGAGCUGAUAUCCUCGUCACCGCAAACGGCGACAUAAACGGCGCCUACUGGAUGCGCAGCAGCAUAGCCCAAUCCGAGGCUUGCAACUGGUCGAACCAACCCACGGCCCUCGCCGCCAUCUACUACGACGACGCAAACACCGACAGCAAGCCCAACAGCACAAGCCCCCCAUCACUGGCCGAAAACUCGACCUGCUCGAACGACCCCAUAGAGCAGACAGUCCCCGCCUACCCCAUCCCUGCAGACCCCAACCCUUCCACCACACUCAACUUCGAGUACAGCUUCCUGGUCAACAGCACCGGCCACCCCGUGUGGACGGUCAACGACAUCGGCUUCCACGGCGACUACAACCAGCCCGUCCUCGAGCUCGCCGCUGAGAACCGCGCGACGCCGCAGAAUCUCGAGCCGGACUGGAACGUCUACGACGCCGGCAACAACGGUACGGCGGUGCGCGUCAUCAUGCACAACAACUCGACCAUAUCCCACCCCAUGCAUCUCCACGGCCACAACGCGCAGAUCCUGUCCACCGGUACCGGUCCGUGGGACGGCCACACCAUCGUGCGGCCCUCCAACCCGGCGCGCCGCGACGUCUACCAGCUGCCGCCGCACGGGCACUUGGUCAUCCAGUACGCGCUGGACAACCCGGGCGUGUGGCCGCUGCACUGCCACAUCGCGUGGCACCUGUCCGCCGGCAUGUUCGCGAGCCUGGUCGAGCGCCAGCCCGAGAUAGGCGCGGCCGUCGGCGCGGCGGGCGAGGCCGAGAUGCAGCGGGUGUGUCGGGGGUGGGAUGCGUGGACGUCGCGGAAUGUGGUGGAUCAGAUUGAUAGUGGGGUUUGA